GGGGCCCCAUGAUCCCCUAUUGCCUGGGGGCCCCAUGAGUUGUCAGUCCGCCCCUGGUCACAUGUCAUCAGUGCCACCUGUCAGUGCCCAUCAGUGCCACAUCAAUGCCACAUAUCAGUGCCUACCAGUGCCCAUCAAUGCCACAUAUCAGUGCUCAUCUGAGCUGCCUUUCAGUGUCACCUAUAAGUGCCAGUCAGUGCCACUUAUCAAUGCCAGUCAGUGCCACCUAUCGGUGCUGCCAAUCAGUGCCACCUGUCAGUGCCAGUCAGUGUCGACUAUCAGUGCCGUCUAUCAGUGCCCGUCAGUGCUGCCUAUUAGCGCCACCUAACAGUGCCAGUCAGUGCCGCCUAUCAGUGCCACCUAUCAGUGCCAUAUAUGAGUGCUGCUUUUCAGUGCCCAUCAGUGAUGCCUGUCAAUGCUCAUCAGUGCCACCUACCAGUGCCUCCUCAUCAGUGCCCAUCAGUGCCACCUAUCAGUGCCCAUCACUGCAGCCUCAUUAGCACAUAUCAGUGAAGGAGAAAAAUCACUUAUUUACAAAAUUUUAUAACAAAAACUAAGAAAAAACAAUUUUUUUCAAAAUUUUCAGUUGUUUUUGGUUUGUUAAGCAAAAAAAUAA